AUGGGCUACGACCAUGCCGAACAGAAAGAGUUGGAACCCCCAGGAGCCGCCUCGAGCGAAAGCAACAGCAACAGCGAUAAUGGCAAACAAAAGCAGUGGGACGCAGAGGAGAGUAGAGACUUGUCUGCUCCAUUGGCCGACUCUGAGGGGAACCAAGAAGAGGCAACCCAGAGUCGACAGCAUGUACAUCAUCUUGGAAGGCUCAGAUUCAGAUCCGCCGAAGACGAUCUUCCGACCGACUGGUGGUUUGCGUCCACGGCGAUCCCUCUCAUUGCUGCCACAUUCGCCCCCAUGGCCAAUUUGGUAUCCAUCGCCGCCCUUGUCGUGUCCUGGAGGAACAACGUCGUCAAUGACGACCCGGCACUCUAUCAAGCCACCUCGGUGGGUUAUCCAGACCCCCGCUGGUGCAUCGACCUCAACAUUGCAUCGUUGGUAUGCGGCUUUGUUGGGAACCUGUUCCUCUUGUUCAACUUCACCCGACGGCUUCGGUAUAUCGUGGCACUGCCGAUGACCAUCAUCCUCUUCUACCUCGCCUCGGGCAUCCUGAUCGGUCUUACCAUCUCGAUGCACAUCUACUGCCCUCCGGGCAAGGGCCAGGUCUAUUCUCAGGGAUACUGGAAUGCCGUGCUUGCAGCCUGCCUUUACAUGUUCAAUUCAAUGAUCCUAAUGGUCAAUAUGUGGGGUUACUUUCUCGGUCAUUAUCCCCAGCAUUUUACUCUCACUGACGAACAACGCAACCUCAUCCUGCAAACCAUGAUGUUCUUCCUAUGGCUAGGUGGAGGCGCCGGCGUCUUCUCCCGGAUCGAGGGAUGGACAUACCCUGAUGCCGUGUACUUUUGUGAUGUGACAAUCCUGACAGUGGGCUUUGGGGACUUCUACCCAGAUGACGAUCUUGGCCGAGGUUUGGUUUUUCCUUAUUCCGUGGGCGGCACCAUUAUUCUAGGUUUGAUGGUUAGUUCCAUCCACAAAUUUGCAGGGGAGCUCAGCAGUGUCAAUGUCGUGCGGAAACACGUCCAGCAUAAGCGGGCCAGUACGCUGUCGCGCGUUGUCACAGUCGAGGACGCCGAGGACAGCAGGCGAGCUGAGCUGGAAAAGCAGGUGCGGAAUGAAGAGUCGCUCGGGCACAAGCCGCCAAUCUCUUCUCCGUUGCCCAAUCCCAAGAUUCAGCAAGACUUAGAUGCCGCGGCGCAGUCGGAAAGGAAUGCUGAUCCUGAGCCUGCGCCUGAGCCGCAACAGCCGUUUGAAGGUCCUGCCGCUGGCCGGCAGGUUGAGUUCGAAGAUACUGAGACAGAGGAGCUAAAACGGUCGAAUGAUGAAGAAGAUGAAGGUCCUGAUCCCAGGCAUUUUCUGGCUUCGCCGCACCACAGGAGUUCGCUGCACGCGACUUUCAAAUCUUUUAUAACGCCUGUUUCACAUCUUAGACUCGGGAGGUCUAGGUCCCAGAAAGCCAUCGUCAUGCGCGAAGAGAAAGACCGAUUCGACGCCAUGCGUGCUAUUCAAGUCAACGCCCGAAAAUUCAAGAAGUGGAUGGCGUUGUGUGUUUCAGCCCUGGCUUUUGGCUUUCUUUGGUGCAUGGGAGCUAUCGUCUUCUGGCAGGCCGAGAAGCCCACCCAGGGGAUGAACUAUUUUGAAGCCUUGUAUUUCUGCUACGUCAGUUUGCUGACCAUUGGUUAUGGGGAUAUGAGCCCCAGAAGCAACGCUGGCAAGCCUUUCUUCGUGGUGUGGUCUUUGAUCGCCGUGCCUACCAUGACGGUUUUGAUCUCUGACAUGGGGGAUACAGUCAUUUCGAGCUUCAAGCGCGGCACUUUUAAACUCGGUGACCUGACGGUUCUUCCCAAAGCCGGACUAUGGCACGAUAUCCUCCGGUCAAACCCGUGGCUAUGGAAUUUGAUCAACAAGAGGGCCGAGAAAAGGCGACUCAAGGCCGGAUUCCCUGUUGGUCCGGCGGAGGAGGAAAGCCCGCCACCGUUGAGUCUGGAACAACUGGCCAAUGAAGAUAUUAGCGAAGCGCACUUGGCCCAGCGUCUCGCUUGGGCGAUCCGCAAGACCGCACAAGACGCCCGACAUGCCCCCAACAAGUGUUACUCGUUCGAGGAGUGGUGCGAGUUCACGAGACUCAUCCGCUUUACCAAGGAAGGGCUUGCACAACUCGAGUAUGACGAAGAGACGGACGGCGUUGUCGAGUGGGACUGGCUGGAGGACAAUAGUCCCAUGCUCAGCUCUCAAGGCGAGCCCGAGUGGAUUUUAGAUCGGCUGUGCGAGAGUCUGCUACGGCUGAUCAAGAAGAACAUGCUCGGCGGGAACAGUACCGCGAACUCAAUACUCGGCAUGGCCAGCAAUAACGAUCUUUCCGCGCCUUGGGACGCUUCUGGACGAGGCGCGGGGGCCCCAGCCACACCGACAACAAGAGAAGAAACCUCUAAAGCGGACGACGACCCACGUGCGGAUACCGCGAAUUGGAGCAGGAGGGGCGGCUCGCCUCGUGCAUCUAUAGAAGGAGGAGAUCUCCAGCUCCAACGAAGAUCGUCAGGUGCCGACGCUGUCCUGACGUUUUUCACGGGUGAGAGAAGCGGCGCGCAUGCCUACGCGGCCGAUGCGCCGCACUGGAACAAAAAGGCUCUCGAGCGCCGUCUCGCGAAGAGGAAACCGAAAACAGGCCCUGUGGGAGGCGGUCGGGGUGGCGGUGGAGUUCAAACUCGGAAGAAGAGGCAACCUACGAGUUAUGGCGAUGCAUAA